CCGCGUUACGAGUGUGCUAUCGUAUUUGUUAUGAUAGCAACUUCCGGUCCAGAAAAACUUUUCAGCGCGCGAUUCACAGAAAAUAGUGUGUGAAAUCCCUAUGUUGCUUUAAUUCAGUUAUUCUUGCUGAGGUGACCAGUAAACAGUGUCUCUGACAGGAUAGAUAGAUUGAAAGAAUAAAGAUGAGUACACGGAAACGAAAGGAGAGUCGUAAGGUAUUGGAGGAGAAGGAAAGAUUAAGGGAUAUGCCAGUGGCUUCUACAAGGUAUAAAUGUCGAGUGGAUGGUUGUGACAGUAAAGGACACAUCAAUGGUAGAUCUCAGAAACAUGGAAGUGCUGCAACUUGCCCACUUGCAAGGAAGAGAAAAAUACAACAUUGGGCUGAUGUAUUUGAACCAAGUUCUAAAGUACUUAAACAAGAGAUUAAAGAAGAAGCUGAUGAAGACACAGUACUGUUGAAGGAAGUGUCUGACAUUCCAUGUGAACUUGUUAAAGUCAAGGAGGAACCAAUCACUGAGGAUGAUAGUGGCAUGUUUAAUGGACCUGAAACUAUUCUUGUAAGUCCUAUAAAAAUAAAAGAAGAAAAAGACACUAUGGAUAUGGAUAUGGGUAAAGAAAAUGAUAUAGAUGCAUUAAAGAGGAUUGAACAAGAGUGCGCUAGGAUACAAAGUGAGAACAAUGUUGGUAAUGCGGAGUCAGAAAUGGAUACAAUACUCAGUCCUGUAGCUAUUCAGGAGCAGGUUCAGAAUGUUAUCCAUGUGGAUAAUGUUAAUGUAACAGACAAAUUUGGAAACAUUGUUGAGGUGGUAUGUUUCAAUAAAAAAUCAGAUGGACCGAUAAAUAAUGAAGGAAAAGACAAGAUGAAUAAUAAUGAAGGAAAAGACAAAGAAAAUACAAUUUCAUCAGAUUUAAGAGUUCAAAGUAAAAUCACAGACAUUACUGUUGACAACAAAAGUGUCCAAAUUAUUUCUAGUCAACUAGUUAAAGGAGGACAAGAGGACAUUAUAAAACCAGGUACAAGUGGUAUGGAAAACAAAGAAUCUUCUAGUUCCCGGAUUGUAGUGAAACAGGAUCUCAACGAUGAUAGUGACGAUGAAGACAUGGACGAUGGCGGUGAAUAUAUGGUUCUAGCUGAAUGGACUGAUGGUAAACUAGAGGAGGCUGGUUCCACAACAGCUGAUAAAGAAAAUGAUAAAGACGACAAAGAUCAAGCCGGAGGAAAAUUUGCAAAGUGCCCUACUCCUGGCUGCAAUGGUGAAGGCCACAUAACCGGACUUUACACUCAUCAUAGAAGUUUUUCCGGAUGCCCAAGGAAAAUUGAGGCUUCCACAGAAA